CCUCUCCGCUACGCCCCCCUCUCUCUACUCAACUUUCAAAAAAUCAAACAAAAUCCUCAAUUAAUUGUUCGAUUAAUUGCUUAAUCCUUCAACCAACUCGCUAAUCCAAAAUAAUCAUCUUAUUAGCUAAUCCUUUAAUCCGAAACGAUGUCGUUGAGGCCGAGUGCAAGGACCGAGGUCCGCCGGAACAGGUACAAGGUGGCGGUGGAUGCGGAGGAGGGAAGGCGGAGGAGGGAGGAUAACAUGGUGGAGAUCCGUAAGAAUCGGAGAGAAGAGAGUCUUCAAAAGAAGAGACGUGAAGGACUUCAGGCUCAAGCCAUGCCUGCUAGUAUCCACUCUUCUGCUGCUGAGAAGAAGCAGUUGGAACAUCUGCCAUCUAUGGUUGCGGGUAUUUGGACUGAAGAUGGUAAUCUGCAAUUGGAGGCAACUACUCAGUUCAGGAAAUUACUUUCAAUUGAGCGCAGCCCUCCUAUUGAGGAAGUUAUACAAGCUGGUGUUGUUCCUCGAUUUGUUCAGUUUCUUAUGAGGGAGGACUUCCCUCAAUUACAGUUUGAAGCAGCUUGGGCUCUCACAAACAUUGCUUCUGGAACAUCUGAGAACACCAAGGUGGUGAUUGAUCAUGGGGCUGUUCCUAUAUUUGUACAGCUUCUUGCUUCUCCAAGUGACGAUGUUCGUGAGCAGGCUGUGUGGGCAUUGGGAAAUGUUGCUGGAGAUUCUCCUAGAUGCCGUGAUCUUGUCCUUGGCCAUGGAGCUUUGCUUCCUUUACUGGCACAAUUAAAUGAGAAUGCCAAACUUUCGAUGCUCAGAAAUGCUACAUGGACACUCUCAAACUUUUGUCGAGGCAAGCCACAACCUCCUUUUGAUCAGGUUAAGCCAGCACUUCCAGCUCUUGCACGCCUUAUUCAUUCUGACGAUGAAGAAGUCUUAACUGAUGCAUGUUGGGCACUCUCGUAUCUCUCUGAUGGUACAAACGACAAAAUUCAAGCUGUUAUCGAAGCAGGAGUAUGUCCACGGCUAGUUGAGCUUCUGCUGCACCCAUCUCCUUCAGUUCUGAUUCCUGCUCUUCGCACUGUGGGAAAUAUCGUCACUGGAGAUGAUAUGCAGACACAGUGCAUCAUCAAUCAUCAAGCGCUGCCUUGCCUUUUGAACUUGUUGGCCAACAAUUAUAAAAAGAGUAUCAAGAAGGAAGCUUGUUGGACUAUCUCUAAUAUAACAGCUGGUAACAAGGAGCAGAUCCAGGCUGUUAUUGAAGCUAAUAUUAUUGGUCCACUUGUUAAUCUACUUCAAAGUGCUGAGUUUGACAUCAAGAAAGAGGCAGCAUGGGCAAUUUCAAAUGCUACAUCUGGUGGUGCCCAUGAACAAAUCAAGUACCUUGUCAGCCAGGGUUGCAUCAAGCCCUUGUGUGACCUUCUCAUUUGCCCAGAUCCAAGGAUUGUAACAGUCUGUUUAGAAGGCCUUGAAAACAUCUUAAAGGUAGGAGAAGCUGACAAGAAUGUGAGUGAAACUGGAGGUGUAAAUCUCUAUGCUCAGAUGAUUGAUGAUGCUGAAGGAUUGGAGAAAAUUGAGAAUCUACAGUCGCAUGACAACACUGAGAUAUAUGAGAAGGCAGUGAAGAUUCUUGAGACAUAUUGGUUGGAAGAGGAUGAAACAAUGCCACCAGGAGAUGCUUCCCAAUCUGGGUUCCAAUUUGGGGGUGAGGCUCCUGCUGUUCCGUCUGGCGGAUUCAACUUCAGCUAAAGGAGUUUUAGCUGCAGGCUCCAUUGAAGUCCUCGAGGAGUGUGGUGAGAUGGUCGUCAGGUUCAGGUCAGGUGUCUUGGUGUCAUGUUUGGUCUAUCUCUGGUUUUGGGUAGUGGUCGGAGGGUGUCGGACUGGCUUGGGUUUCAUUAUGGCCAGAGUAAUACGUUGCGGGAAGAGAAGUGAAUGUGAUUGGUGGCAUGAUUGAACUUGGGUUUCAAUGUCUAGAAUAUUUUGGGAAACCUGAGUUCAUUUUAAAGGGAGUAGUUAUCCCAGGAGAUUGGGGUCUUAUAAAAAGGACAUGGAGUCUCUCUCUCUCUCCCUGUCUUUUUUUUUUUAAUAUUUCUAUUGUCCUAGUCGUCAUGGUAGCAUCUCUGCUUCCCUUUUCAUGGUGUUAAUUUUUGGCGCUCAGAAAAUCUUUAUAUUGCCAUGCUUGUAGUUUCAAGGAAUAUUGGAAUGAUGUUUCCUUCACAUUGUAAGAGUCGGUUGCAAAGAUAGGAGUCUCCUAGCUGUUUUCUAGGAUAUAUACAAUGUACUGGCUUGUGUCAAAAACUCUUAUAUUGAAGGGAAAUGUUGAACUGGUAUCAGUAUUGAUUUAUUAUUUUGAUUUCACCGUUCA